AUGGUGGGGGAGAGCGAUGCCAGGCCUCAGCGCCUCAUCAUCACCGAGAUGGUGCUGGAAAACUUCAAGUCGUACGCCGGGGAGCAGCGUGUCGGCCCUUUUCACAAGUGCUUCUCCUCCGUGGUGGGUCCCAACGGAAGUGGCAAGUCCAACGUCAUUGACGCCAUGCUCUUCGUGUUCGGCAAGCGCGCCAAGCAGCUCCGCCUGAACAAGGUGUCGGAACUGAUCCACAACUCUGCGGGGCGCCAAGGCAUCGAGCAUGCCCAGGUCUCCGUCCACUUUCAAGAGAUCAUCGACACGAACGAUGAUGAAUUCGAGGUGGUUCCUGGCACCAAUUUCGUGGUGUCCCGAACCGCGCACCGCAGCAACAAGUCCGACUACUUCAUCGAUGGCCGGCGCAGCAACUUCACGGAGGUGACGGAGUUGCUCAAAGGCAAGGGCAUUGAUCUGGACAACAACCGCUUCCUCAUCCUCCAGGGCGAGGUGGAGCAGAUCAGCAUGAUGAAGCCCAAGGCCCAGACCGAGCAUGAGACGGGGCUGCUGGAAUACCUGGAAGACAUCAUUGGCACCAACCGCUUCAUUGAGCCCCUGGCCGACUCCGCCAAGAGGCUGGAGACGCUGGGCGAGGCCCGGGCGGGGCUGGUUGCGCGGCUGAAGAUCGCGGAGCGGGAGCGCGAGGCGCUGGAGGCGGAUAAGCUGGCUGCCGAGGCAUGGCUGGACAAGGAACGGGAGGCCUGCGCCGCGCAGCGGCUGCUGAGCCACGUGCUGGCGCACCAGGCGCAAAUGAAUGUGGACAAGAUCCAGGGCAACCAGGCGAGCCUGGAGGGGAAGCUGGCCUACGAGCGCGAGAAGCUGGGGCAGUACAGUGCGGUACUGGAGGAGCACGAGGCCAGGUAUGACGCUGCGUGCAAGGAGCACGCGGGCAUGGCGGCGGCACUGGAGCGCGCCAACGAGGAGUUCAAGGAGUACGAGCGCAAGGACAUCGCAUACCGCGAGGAGCUCAAGCACCUAAAGGCCAAGCUGGCCAAGACUGCGGAGCGUGAGCGCCGCGACGCCGCGCGGCUGGAGAGCACGGAGGCCGAGGCCGCAGCGGCUGAGGCCGAGGUGCCGGCGCUGCUGGAGGCUGCGGCCAAACUGGGUGCGCAGCUGACGCGGGAGGAGGCCCGGCUGGAGGCGGCGCUGGAGGGCAUGGCGGGGGAGGGCGAGACGCUGCGCGCGAAGCUGCGUGCCGCGCGCGCGGAGCUGGCGCCCUGGGAGGCGCGCGGCGUGGCGGCGCGGGCCAAACGCGCCGAGGCGGCCUCGGAGCGCGAGCUGGUGCGUGCCAUGCGCGACGGCGCCAGCUCGGCGCUGGAGGCCGCGCGGGACGAACUCGAGGAGGCGCUGGGGCGCGCGGCGCGCGAGCGCGAGGCGGCUGCGGAGUUGGAGGCCGGCGCGGGGGGUCUGCGGGACAGGGUGUCGACCGCGCAGCGCGCCGUAAGGGAGGCGGAGCAGGAAGCUCAGAGGGCGGAGUCCGCCGCGCGAACCUUGCGUGGCUCUGUGGCCCAGCGCCGGGCGGAGCGGACCUCCGCCAGCUCGGCCUCGGCGGUGGCCCAGGCCCUGGCCUCGGCCAAGGCGCGCGGCGCCAUCCCGGGGAUCUACGGCCGCCUGGGUGACCUGGGCGCAGUGGACACGCGGUAUGACGUCGCGGUGUCCUCGGCGGCCCCCGCGCUGGAUCACUGGGUGGUGGACUCCACCGCCACCGCGCAGCGCUGCGUGGAGCUGCUGAGGUCGCGCGGACUGGGCCGCAUGCGCCCCGCCUUCUUCUUCGCGCUGCGCGACACGCUGGUGGCGGCCGACCUGGACCAGGCCGCGCGCAUCGCCUACGGCCCGGACCCGCGCUGGCGGCGCGUCGUGACGUUGGCCGGCGAGGAUGCGGCUGCGGAGCUGGCGGGCGCCGAGAAGGAGUUGGGAGAGGCGGAGGGGGUGUCGAGUCGUGCGGCGGAGGCUCUGUCGCGCGCAGAGGCGGAGUUGACGGCGGCCCGCGCCGCGCUGGCGUCGUCCGAGUCGGCGCUGCCGCGUGCACGGCUGGACGCGGAGGCCGCCGCGGCUCGUGCGCGCGACCUGCGCGCCGCGUUGCCGGGGCUGGAGCGCGCGGUGGCGGAGCGUUCGGGGGACGAGGCCGCGCUGCGGCGCCUGGAUGCGGCCCGCGAGCUGGAGGGCCUGGGAGGCGAGCCGGUGCGCCGCCUGCGCGGCGCGCUGGCGGCCCUGCAGGCCGAGAUCGAGGGGAAGGAGGGCGCGGCGGCCAAGCGUACGGCGGCGGGGGCGGCCGCGCGGAAGCUGGCCGCCAAGCUGCGCCCGGAGCUGGAGCGGGUGCGCGGCGAGGCGGAGGCCCUGCGCGCCAAGCAGGAGGCCACCAAGAACGAGUUCAAGGCGCUGGACGAGGCGGCGCUGGAGGUGCUCAAGGGCCGGAACGCGGCCGAGGCGGCGCUGGCGGAGCGAGCGGCGGACCUGGCGGACCUGCGCGCCGGAUUUGAGGCCAAGAACAGGGAGGUGGGCGUCAUCCGGCGCGUGGAGCAGGACAUCCUGGCGGAGAUGGAGUGGGGCGAGGCGCCCGCCGCGCCCACCCCCGAGGAGCUGGCGGCGGCCAGCACGGAGGACCUGCAGUACCGCACCACCCUACUGCGCGAGGAGAUGGAGCGCAUGAGCAUCGACCUCACCGCCAUCGAGGCCUGGCGCGCCAAGGACGCCGAGUACGGUGUGCGAGCCGCCGAGCUGGAGAGCGCCACCGCCCAGCGAGACGAGGUGCGGCGUGCGCACGAGGACCUUCGCAAGCAGCGACUGGACGGGUUCAUGGCCGGCUUCAACGCCGUGUCCCUGAAGCUGAAGGAGAUGUACCAAAUGAUCACGCUGGGCGGCGACGCUGAGCUGGAGCUGGUGGACUCGCUGGACCCCUUCUCGGAGGGCAUCCUCUUCUCGGUGCGCCCGCCCAAGAAGUCGUGGAAGAACAUUGCCAACCUGAGCGGGGGGGAGAAGACGCUGAGCUCCCUGUCCCUGGUCUUUGCGCUGCACCACUACAAGCCCACCCCGCUCUACGUCAUGGACGAGAUCGACGCCGCCCUGGACUUCAAGAACGUGUCGAUCGUGGGGCACUACAUCAAGGAGCGCACCAAGAACGCGCAGUUCGUCAUCAUCUCCCUGCGCAACAACAUGUUUGAGCUGGCGGACCGCCUGGUGGGCAUCUACAAGACCGACAACGCCACCAAGUCGGUGGCCAUUGACCCCGGCGCGUUCGUGGUGGGGGCCACGGGCCCCGCACCGGCGGUGGCACGGCCGGUGCUGGCGGCCUGA